AGACUCUACUUUUGAGCUUGAGCAAAUAGGAGCAGAGAAGCUCCUUGUUCCAAUUUGAUGUUGAUUUUUAUCUUCUUUGUUUUCCCAUCUUUUCAUCAUAUACAGCAGCAAAUAAGGAAGAGUCAUCUAAAGGUGCUUGAUAGUGCCGUUAUAGAGGUAAAGAUAACAACACACCAUCCUGGGGCUGCUGGCAGGAAAUAGGUCCAGAAUUACGGGAUUUGCAUGACAGCAAAGGUCAAAAAGCACUUGACACUGCUAUUGAAUGUUAAUUGCAGUUUAGUUCAUUGUGUGAAUCUGGAUUUUUGAUUGGCACAUAAACUAAUGAAGACAAUGAAAGGAAAAGAUAUUUCAACGUAGCUGUCAUUCGAUUCGAGUGCAUACUGAGACAAACAAGGAGAGGCCUUUCUGAUGUUGGCUUAAUUCAGUUGAACAUUGAGUCAAGAUUCUGUCAAAAGGUUUCACUCAAAAGCAAUUCUAGUUUUGAAGGCUGCACCCAAUUUCCUAUAGGAAGUUCUAACCUGUCUGAGAUAGUUAAUGAGUUUGAUCACAAUGGUCCAAGCAACCAAAGCCGGUGGGGCAAGUUUGCGACGUGCAGCAAAUCAACACAGCAGGUAGAGGAACACAGAGAGGAGAAGGAAAAGGGACACAAAUUCUGCAUGUCAUCUUGUUAUAUAUUUCUUGGCAUGCUUUUUCUAUAGGUCACCAUUAUUGUUUUUACUGCUUGAAGUCCUUGAAUGUCUGGUUUGUUGUGACUUAAGACUUAGGUUUGUCAUGUCUGGUUUGUUUCUGAAGCUUUCUGGUGACUUGCUUGAAGAUCUAAGGCUCUGCAGUAAUUUACCCCUUCCAUUGUUGGUCUGACUGAAGCCUUUCAUUCAAUAAAAGACACUGCUUCUACACGUUCACUUUGCUAGCAUUUAGGCUAUUUCCUCAAGCUGUGUCGGUUUUCGGGCAUACCGUUUCAGAAUUUGACACCUACUCCCUCGAUCUCAAAAUAACUGUCAUUUUUUGAGACAAAGGGGUAACUACUCUGGCAUCUUAUAAGAAUUCAGUUCUCU